AUUGAAGGGCGAUUAACAUGUGAUUUACGGUAAGCUGGGUGAAAAUAGGAGCGAUUAUAAAGGAGGAUUACCGAGGUUUGUAGUGCAAGACAUAGGCCGAGUUGUCUAACCUUUCUCUUAUCUGUACAGAAUCAAGUAAGGAAAUAAUUCGUGUGAAAUAAAAAUGUACUGGACGGCGUUGUGUGCUGUCACUCUACUGGGCGUCACCUCCGUGUUGUCAUGGAGACAGAACCAAACAUGGCCGUCUAGAGUCUACCCAGGUCAACUGGGGUUCCCAGACCACGUAGAUUUUGCCUACAUUGGUCAGCAGCUGGACGGUGAUCUGAUAUCUCCCUUUGAUGAUCGCUAUAUGAACGCGUCCUACAUCCACAACAUCAGAAAAACCAAACUGCCAGGGUUUAUCGUCGUGCCGUCCACCAUCCAAGACGUUCAGCGAGCCAUCUUGUACGCUAGACGUCACAACCUCCAUCUCACCGUACGCUCUUCCGGUCACGACUACAUCGGCCGGUCUACGCAUGACGGAAGUUUGAACCUGUUUUUAAUAUCUAUGAAUAGAAUUGAGGUCAAAUUGGACUCGGUGAGGAACAAGGCUGGGGAGGUUAAAGUUCAGACAGGGGCUUCUUGGCUGGAGGUCUACACAGAGGUUGAUAAAGUUCGAGGUCCAGACGAGUCAGGGACCACCGUGGGCCGUGUGGUCGUGGGCGGCAGCGCCCACACUGUGGCCAUGGGCGGUUACACGCAGGGCGGGGGGCACAGCCCCAUAGGGCGCCAGUUUGGACUAGCUGCGGACAACCUUCUGGAAGCAACGAUCGUCACCGCUGAUGGGAAAAUCCGGGUCGUCAACGCCUCGAUGACCUUGACCUACGAGUUCAACGGCACCCACACAAUCACCGACAACACGGACCUGUUCUGGGCCAUCCGCGGGGGUGGGGGUGGCACCUGGGGCGUUGUCGUGGACUUCACGUUUAAGCUGCACUACGCACCUGAGAGGUUUAGAAAUAUACUUGCAGUUAUCCCCCUUUUUGAUGACACGGGUUUUGCAUUCAACAAGAAAGCCGUGGCUGACGCCUUGAAGAUCGUCAACGGCCUGUCCCCAGACUGGGGCGGUUACGUCAUCACCAGCCCUGACCCCGUCCAGUUCACGACCUAUACGGGGAGUCUCUUCGUGUUCUUCAACCAUUUCGGUUCCAACUCGUCUGCUUCCAACAGUCAGAUUGAUCCUCUGUUAAAGCAUCCAGCGGUGAUCUAUUCUGAAGACCACUGGUACAAGACCUUCCUGGAAUACGAGGUGCAUGCUGUGACCGAUCCAUAUGGCGUGCAGUAUGUCUUCAACAGCUUCAUCCAACCUGAGACACUGGUCAAUAACACAACACUGACCAAAUUUGUUGACUUGUUGCAUUUUAUGUUGGACGUCGAGAUGGGAUGUGCAGGGACUCUCAUUGGAGGCAAUAUGGCCGCGUCGUCAGGGGGAAGCACUCCUAUCCACCCAGCUUUCAGAACUGGUAUCAUGGCCAUGACCUGUGGCAAAAACUGGCCAAUGGAGUCGGGUUAUGCAGAUGAGGACGGGAUCGAGGCUACGAUAUCUGUAGCUGAGAGGCUGUAUGCAUUUGGCACCGGGUCAUACUUGAAUGAACCCGCGGAGGAUAUGCCGGAUUGGAAGAACAGGUUCUGGGGAAACAUCAGCACCUACGACAGACUGUUGGAGAUCAAGAAACGGUACGACCCGGAUAAUUACCUCUGGUGCCACAACUGUGUGGGGUCUGACCUGGGUCCACUCUACUCUCCCCUUGACCCCAAUGCUGCAGCAGGUGUUCCAGGGCAAGUCACAGACCACAGUUUCAAGUCGGAGGUCGAGUUUGAUCAGAUCAAAACCCCUGUGCCUGACCCUACACCUACACCAGGUCAUGGUGACCCCAUAAUUGGAUAAGGGAAAUAAUGUGGCUUUAGUUUAACCUAAUGUGUUAUCUGUUCAUCUCAAAUAUUUGUAAAUGCAUUAGUUAGUGUUUGCUCUACCAUUUCAAAAUUAUAUCCACCCUGUAGUAAAUGUCGUCAUAAAAUAACGUGACACUUCACACGGAAUGAUUAUAAGUGUUUCUUUUAAAUUGUCGGAGGAGCGGACUAAAAUUUCCGGGGUGGUGGGGGGGGGGGCUGAAUGAAGAGAUUCCUGAAAGAAACACUGAUGGCUGAGGAUGUAUUGCUAUAGGAAGGGAGCGAAUUUUAAGUAGGUGACGUCACACUCCUCUAUUUUAAUAAGUAAUGUUUUGAAAUUUUAGUUAAUGUUUCGUUUUUUUUUUUUUAAAUGCAGGGUAAUUUUGAAUAGUUAGGUUUUCAGGAGGAGGGGGGAGGGGUUGCACAAGUGGGACGACAUUCUAUCCGAAGUCGGCGGGGGUUCAGAUGUUUUUAAAAGAAGUGGUUAAGGAGGAUGAUAAAAUGAGAAAUCUGGUACAAUUAUCAAAGUCAUUAAAGGAAGACCAUUAAAGUUAUAAAAUUAGUAUUUAUAACAUUUUUGUUCUUUUGUUUUCUUUAUCGUAUCUCUCGUAAUCAUUGUUUACUUCUGUUGUAUAAUUUAAUUAAGUAGUAUUCAAA